UUUGGUGUCCCUUUAGGAACCACAGAAUGGCAAGGGAACUUAAAGCCCAUCCAGUGCCACCCUUGCCGUGGGCAGGGACACCUUCCACUCUCCCAGGCUGCUGCAAGCCCCGGUCAGCCUGGUCUUGGGCACUUCCAGGGAUCCAGGGGCAGCCACAGGUUCUCUGGGCAGCCUUUGCCAGGUCCUCACCUCCCUCACAGAGAAUAAUUUCUUCCCAAUAUCGAACCUAAAUCUCCGUCAGCGUGAAGCCACUCCCUCUUGUCCUGUCACUACAGGCGCUUGUAAAUAGCCUUGCUCCAUCUUUCUUCUAUGAGAAUUGCUCCUGCCGGUUCCCCUGGCCACCAGCACCCCACGGUGGUACCCCCCAGUGUCAGAGGGAUGGUUGGGAUUCAGAGGAAUAGCGAGAAUAACAAUCCCAGCAGGCACAUUGCAUUGAUCUCGGGGUACCAGGAGAUAUGCCUGCUGUAUGUGUGGUAAUGCCAGCCUGGCACAAGGGUGCUGCAUGUUAAACCUGCCAAAUAAAAAACUGAGUUUCCUAAACUUUCAACAUGCUUUAGGUAUCAUAUUCUAGUAGCGUGUUGGCUUUCAGGUUUUUUUUUCCGUCUAAAUUUCCACUAAUAAAUGCAUAGCAUGCCUUGUAUUAACUGCUUUCAGGUUUACUUUGAAAGAAACAAAAGCGGGGGUUUCUUCAUAAUGAAGCUUAGAGAGCUUGAAUAACUUAAGUGUUUUAGCAACCGUGGCAUCUUGCCAGGUGAAUAAGUUUUCAGUGAACCUUUAUGCAUUAACUUAAGUUAUCUUAGAAGAAAUGCUUACUCUUGCUGUGGGUCAUCUUGCUGGUUUAAGAUAUGAGAUGAUCUUUAAGGUCCCUUUCAACCCAAACCAUUCUGUGAUUAGAAAUUUGAAGGGGCAGGGGUUCUUCCAUUACAAGAAUUGAUGCACAAGCACUUGCAAAGUUCCUGUGGUGGUUAGAUGAGGCAGUUUACCUGUUUGUAAUGACAGUAAAAUACUAAGAUAUUCAGAUGUAUGCAAUGUAUGCAAAUACCAAAACCUUGGCGUUGAGUCACCAGUGAUGUACAUUCAUCAUGCGUGCUUCAGAUUUUGGCUUUUCCCUGCAACAGGAAGCAGAACAGAAGAUGGUCUGAUGAGAGAUGCAUUCCAGUUUGAAGUGCUGCAGACACAGCACGAAGAAGUCAAACAGAAGCUGAAAGAAAUGCAGGAUGAAAUUCUCACUAAAAAUGGAGAAAUUAAAAUUCUGCGUGACUCAAUGCAGCAGAUGGAGUAUGCUAUGGAGGAACAGAAAAGAUCAUACCUACUACUGGAACAGCAAAAAUCUCAGAUUUUAAAUGAAAAAGAAAAAGAGUUCUCCAAAAAGUUACAGUCGUUGCAUUCCGAGCUGCAGUUCAAGGAUGCAGAAAUGAAUGAAUUAAAAACACGACUUCAGAACUGUGAAAGAAAUAAACACCUUUCUCAGGCAGUUCCAACAACAAGCCCUAAAAAGAAUCUUGUGGUACAAGUGAAAUCAGAUGGAUGUUCUCCACAGCCAGGAAAAAGAUCUUUUCCUACAAAGGAAUCCUUCAAUGCUGAAAUGUCCACUAGGCCAUCAUGUUCUUCAGGAAAUUUGAUGGCCCUGACUACUUCAAUCAAAGAAGACAGGAAGAUAACCCAUCCUGAAGUUUCAUCCCUGCAGCAGCACAGAGCAACAGGAAUAAACACUUCCUACAACUCAGUCCCCAGACGAAAUACACAAGGUUCUAUCUUGCUGAAUGCACUGAUGAAGCAGCCCAUUAUCCCUGGGACAUUUUUAGGACUCUGCCACCUUCUCAGUAGCAACUCUGAGCCUCUACCUGGAGCUGUGUUGCCGCCCAACUCUGUGGAUACGAAGCCCAUACAACUCCCCAGCAGCAAGACAACUCAAGAAGGAAUCACUCCUCUUGUAUCCCUGCAAGAAGCUCAAAAACUGGCAAUAACGGGACUGAACUUGAUUGCUCUGGAUGAAGGAUUAUCUGAGGAAAGCCCAGCAGAAGGCCCGGGAGGGCUCCUGCCCCUCACACAGAGCAGGAUCCGAGGUGCUGUGCAUCUCCUGCCCUUGGUGGAGCACCACAUUGGUGCUUUCUGCCAAGCAGAGCAGCUCAGGGACACACCAGGGAAUGGAGCUUGUGGGAGCCAUUCAACUGCUGCUUCCAGAGCCAGCACAAACACCGUGUCAAGCAAGGAGGACUUCAGGUUGUCCCUUGAAGAAACUACUCUUGUAUCACUGGGGAUCCUUUAUUAUUUGGUGUUCUACAGCUGGGAUGUUGUCCACACAUUGCUGUCUGCUGAAAUGGAAAAAAGUUCUGCUGCUGAAGAUGAACAGGUUUCCAAGAUGGACAAAAAUGUGUUGUGUGAUAAUCAGUCUGUUAAUAAAGAAGAGAGCAGAACACAAGGCAGGCUGCUUGCUCCACAGGAUCCUCACAAUGGUGAUGGAGCUCAACAUUCUUUGUUUAAAAAGCUGCUUCAGAUUCUAGCCUUUUCUGCUGCAAGGGGCUCCCAGACUGACAAUAUCCUGAGCCAAAGCCUAAAGGUUUUGAUGAAAUUAGCUGAAAAUUCAACUAUGGACUUGUUAAUAAAUUUCCAGCACUUACUGAGUAGCCAGGUACUGCAGCGCUGUCUGUGUCCCGAGACCCCUUUGCCUGCUGUGCUUCUGGCUGUGAGACUCCUGUGUGCUCUCGCUCAGCACCGCCUGUUGGUUGCUCAACUCUGUUCUCAUUCAGACAGCUGCCUUCUCCUUGCACUCUACAUGUACAUAACAUCAAGACCAGAUAAAUCAGCAUCUGAAAUGCUUUGGCUCCAGCUGGAGCAAGAGACAGUCAGGCUCCUGACACGCUGCAUGUGGUGCUCCAGACCUGCAGUUUUAUUUCCUGGCACAGACUGUCAGUGCAACCUCGAGGUGGUUAAGGCACUAAUUGUGAUGUUGCACAGGCAGUGGGUGAAGAUUAGAAGAUCUGAGACCAGCUUGUGUGCACAUAAGGAACAAGUUAUUCAGUUUUUACGGGAUGCUGUUUUACUCUUGCACAGCCUGUCUCAGAAAGAUAAAUUGUUCCAUGAACACUGUUUGGAAGUUCUCCAUCAAUACGACCAAGCCAUGCCAGGCAUAAGAGCCAUUCUCAAAAAGACUCAAAAAUUGAGUGCCUCUGAAGAGCUGAUUUUGGAUGAAUUGUAUCCUCCUGAGCCAGAAGACCAAGGAAUAGACUCCAGCUAGUGAAGAGCAAAGAUCCAUGUCCUUCAUCAUCUUAAUCAUUGCCAAUGCAAAUGUGAACUUUGAAUCAUCCUUUUAAGGGAUAAUCUUGGGUUGCACUCAAACACAGCACAACUAAGACACGUUUCUUUGUUGUAAUUAGUGCUAUCUAAAUGUAGCUGAAAGAGGAAUUUUGAUGAGAGUAAUACUGCUGUGCAAACCCACUCAAUGUCUUAUGACUGGUUCUGGUUAUGAAUUCCAUCCUGUAUGAAACCACUGUGAAUGGAAUGGAAAUUUCUCUUAUUCUCCAUUUUACUCAGCUGAAUUUAUGCUGCUGAAUGUGCCAAGGUGUGUGGCAUCACUGCAUUCCUAUGAAAGCCUUUUGAACACAGUUGUUUAUUUUGUAGCUGUACCACUUCCUUGUGUGACUUUUCAUAUUGUUGAUAUUAGUAAACAGUUUAUGGUGAUUUUAAAAACCCUUCUAGAAAUACCUUAAGAGUUGACAGUUCACUUCAGGGCUUUGAAUUUCUUGCUGAGGAUUGGUCAUCUCAGAUCACUCAAUUUCAUGAAUCUGCUGAAAGUGUACUUACUGAGUAAUUACUGAGCUGCCAAAACAAACAAUACUAGAACUUACA